CCACCAUCAACAUCAUGCAGCCCGUUUCUGUAGUUUGGGCCACUCGAACAGGCAAUUUUUUUUCAUCCGCACGACUCAGUUGCUAACCGCUUUCGCAUUCAGCAAUAGAUCGAGCAAAGUACACCGCAAAUCUUUUCGGUCGAACUAAGUCUCGAACAUCCUCGAGACAAGCCCAAUUUGCUAUACUGGGCUUGAAAAAGGGAUAUCGUUACUUGCGUGUUGCUGCCUUCCCCGGCACAAGGACGUCCGCACCAGAUCAGCUGUGUGCGUGUGCCGCUAGGCGUGUAAGUUCGCUCUGUACGGUGGUGUGCGUGCCAAUCGCGCCGCAGCUCGAAGGUGUGUUUGUGCGGGCCGUGCACCGUUGUACGUGCCGACGGAAGCAGCAGCUUCGAACCGAGUGUCAGCAGCGAAAAAGCAGCAGUAGUAAGUAGCAGGGCAGGCGAACAGCAUCGAACCACGGAGAGAGAGACUGCCUCGCUCGCGCAUAUCGUCGACAGUUUGAAAGAAAGGACAAAGAAAGUGUGUAUGUGUGUGAUACGUUCCGUUUUUCUUUUUUGGACGGUGAUGAUAUCUGCCGAAAAUUGAAUGACAUUCAUUCAUACCGCCGGGUCGUUAAAAGAAAGGUGAAACAUUUGUGAAAAACGGAAAAACGGAGUAGUGAAUAUCUUCCUGCCUGCUCCCGGCUAUAUCGAAUUCGAAGCAACCUGCGAGUCAGUAGUGGUGGUGGUGGUAGCAGUGCUUGAAACUAAUAAUCCGCUACUUUGCUAAACUGGUCGGAUUUCCUCUUGCAAACGAUCGUUCGUUCGCUGUACGGUCCGUGAGUGUGUGUGCGCGUGCAAGUUAGUUGUUGCGGUGUGUGGGGUGGGAAGGGUGGUUCACGGAAGAGACGUAAAGAGUGGUGUGGCAAGGAGCGGUUUAGUGGGAGGCGUUCGCUCAUAUGUGUGUCUCCUGCUGGUUGGAAACGGUCUGUGGGCGGUGUGUAGCAGUGGAGGACGGUGCGGGUGCCGAUUAAAACGCGCAGCGGCUCUCGACGUGGUCUGUGGUCGUCGGCGGAUGUGUCGAAGAAGAUGAGAGCUGACUGCGACUGUUAAUAAGCGAAAAGGAGCUGUCAAAACGUGUUUUCGGUCGUGUGCAGUGUUUUCUCUUCUGUUUGCCGUUCUUCGUUCCUUGGUGGUGGAUCGCUUGGUGACAGGAACCUCCUUCGCUGGGAUGAUUUCCUACAUGGCAAAAAGAUGAAGUGAACGUGUGAAGCGUGUGUUUUUGUGUGUGUAUACACCCUAGUGUACGAGUGGGGUGGCAAAAAAGCAAUCGAGCAACCCAUUUACCCCCGUGUGUAGUGCUCUUGCAACACACUCACACAUACAUACAGGAUGUAUGGUGUGCUGCUGCUUAGGUGAAAAGCGGUGUGAAGCAGAAGAAGAAGAAGAAGAUUACGAUUGCAACGAAGAAGACGGGGUGAGAGAAGUAGGAAAAAGAUUCCGUAACCAGCGUAAAAGUUGAAAAGAAAUUGCGAGUGCGAGCUCUCUGUGUGCACGCGCACGUGUGUGUGUGUGUGUGUGGAGCUGUCAGUUUUUUGUGGCUCAUUUUUUUCCUUUUCCUUUUUGUGUUAACUCGCUCGCCAUUCCCUGCGUGUGUGCGAGAGCGUAAGAGAAGGAGCGAAGGUAUUCGCUUGGAGUGAGCGAGCAAGCUGGACCGCAACAACGUUCCGUCGAUUUGCCCAGUGCUCGUGUUGUGCCGUGCGCUAGAGUGAACGAGAAGGCACGCUAGACCGGUUCCGCCGUCUCGUUCGUGCACAGGCAUGCAUGCUUGAUCUCUCGCGAAUGUGUGUAGUGUUUUUCUUUUGUUCCGUGUGUUGGUCCGCGGUGUCGCGUUCGCGUUGAUGGUGUCGCGCGAAGUGAAUAGAAGUAGUUUGCCGUGGAAACGCUAGCAAAGCGUGCGCGUCCGUGUCUGUACGCGUGUGUGUGCGCGAAGAAGUGUCCGUCCGCUACUGGUGUGUGGACAAGUGGAAGCAGAAGAAAAAAAAAACCUGGUCGUGCCGUCCACACAGCAUAAGUGUGGAGCAUAGAAAGGGGUGCGGGAGGUGUCGCCUAAUUGUGCAGCUCUGUGUGUGCAAAACGGGAGAAAGAGAGACACACACACCGCAUAUACACACCGCAUAUAUUUGGAAACGUACAUAUCCAACAAAUACAGUGAAGCAGACGGGUACGGGCCAAGGCGUUUUUUCGGUUUGGUUUUUCGGUUUCUGAACACACACACAUACACUUGGGACACUUGGCACACAUACAGCGAGCGAUGCAAAGAUGAGCCGAUGAGAAGAGAUGCUGUCGGUUAUGUAUGCUGCUGGCGCUACGGGCCUGUGAGUGUGUGUGAGCGAGACAGAAGCGACCAACCGUUCACACAUCGUUUCAGCUGGCAACAAAGUUGACCACACAUCGAUUGGGGCGAGAUUGACCGACAAAAAAGACAUGCAUCGGUUGGGUUGCGAGCAGCAGCAACCAGUACAACACGGAAACCUUCUCACCGCGUUCGUAGGUAAACGGUUGUUCCCGACGCACAGCGCCGCUGGUAGUGCCAUCAUCCUUCGCAGCAGCUACUACGAGCCGGCCACUACCUAUCCCACGGCCAUCCACGACGAUGAUGCAUCGCAAGAAGCGAAAGUGUAAGCUGCUUUCCUCGUGAACAACUAUGUGUGCCUUAUCUCAUUGCGAAACGCAACGCUACUACUACCAAGCCGCAGACACCGUGUCUCGUUAGUAGAGUGAAGAAGGAGACCAAACCAAAACCAGAGAGCAGCCCAGCACAACCAGCACAACCCCAAACGGGUGCUCUUAUUCUUCCCGGUCGCCCAAAGCUGUCCCUUCCUUCCACCAGUCGUGGUCGAACGUUUUUAUGCUCUGGCCUGUGACGACAUCAUCAACCCAAGCGACACACUCUUCCAUUUGGGCAGCUGGCAAAAACCAAGAGCCUAGACCGUGCACAAUAUAGUUAUAUGCGCGCCCCACGUACAAAUAGUCAUACAACGGAGCAAAGCUUAAUGAAAGGUGGCAACGAGAAUCGCACUAUUAAGGCAGAAACAAUCAACAAAGGAAAGCACACACUCAACAGUCAAUCAAUUAGUUGGCAGAAGCCGUAGCCCGAGACCGAAAGGAGCCAACAGAGGGGCGAUCACAGAUCACUCGCGUGCGGAAGAAGGACUCGCUCUUUGCUGAAUUAUACUCUCGCUCGUUUCACGACGCCCAUUGCUGCAUCCCGCGGACGUGCUCGCUAAGCGGAUUUAUAUACAGAUUUACAUUUGUAGUUUUAUAUUUUAAACCAACCAUCCUGUCGGUUGCUCCGACCGCCCAGUGGUUCCGCAGAGCAGCUAAAUCAAUCAACUAUAAAUCAGUCGGUCGUUUUGGUGUGGACAACGCCAGCAGCAGCAGGUAUCGACGUUGCGCAGGUACAACGAAUUUGGCGCAGUAAGCAGAUUGUGCGGGGUAGAAGGAGUAGAAUUUAACCUACGAACGAUACGUCCGUCGAAGUAGUGCAGAGAAGCGGAGGAGAUAGCAGUAAAGCAAACAAAUAAUAUAACAUUAACCCGUAGUACAACAAGCACUUGUCGUAGACAGGUGUGAUUAGUUUGUAACGUGAAACACGCAUGCAAGAGAUAUCUACAUCGCCAUACGUUAAAGAGGGGAGGAUUGAAUCCUCGCAGGAAGCUACAAAGUAAGAGGAAACCACAAAUCAUAGAGAGGACAUACGCGGGAACCAUUCCUGUCAUACGAACUCUACCACCCGUCGGUCGUCCGCUUCCGGUUGCAGUAGGAAAGAGGAAGCGAGAAUAAAAGGAAGGAAGGAAGGAAGCAAGGCAUCGCUACUUCCUACGGUGUUGUUUGUUCGCGCCGCUUAACCGUGUUGAGCGGAGGGUCAGCGCGUAUGAAAGGUUCGCGAGCGGUACCGGUGCUGCACGCAUCAUCCUCGUAGCCGCAUAGAAACGGGUGAAGCGUGUGUCGUUUGUCGGGCAGCCUCAUCGUUACUACCAGUGUAUAGUAAUGGAGGAAGCGCAAUCGGCACAGGCCCAAUCGCAGGGGGAACAGCAGCAGAAGGAAACGCAGCAGCAGCAGCAGCAGCAGCAGCAACCACAGCAGCAGCAAGGCUUUGGUGCGUACAUUGCGCUGGAGGAUAAUAAUGCACCGCUGACGCUGGUCGAUGAGCUAGCCUUCGAGAAGGAUGAUCCCGUGCACGUGUGGAUACCGACGGUGACCAAACCGCCGACCAGUACGGUGGCCGAAGGCGAUGGUGGGCCGCGUGUCGCCUGGUACAAGGCCACCAAUGUGCGCACCAAGCAGACGGGCUACGUCCAGUUGAGCAAACUCUCGCCGCUUGAAAACAUCGACCCGGUUGUGUAUAGCUCGGGAGCAGCACGGCAGUACCUGAGUACCGGCGCCUGCGUAUCAAUCGGUUGCGCCUGCGUGGCCGGUGGUCUGCAGCAGCAGCAGCAGUCGCAGCAGUCGCAGCAGUCACAACAGACCACGAUCUCUGACGCCUUCGGUGGAAUGCGGUUAGGCGGCAGUGGCACAACGACAGCUACUACCACUCAGGGUACCACCGAUACGACAACGACGGCCAAUGCGGAAGAGCUCUAUGUGAAGUGCGUUACGCCGGCGACGGUGCUAAAAGAUCCAGCAUUAAAAAAUGAAGUGGCCAGUAGAACCGGUAACAACAGAGCUCACGCGCCCGAGUUUGUUUAUUUUGUAACACCCAUUAUAUGUUUGUUUUGCCAAGACUACAUCUGGGGGCUUGGAAGGCAAGGUGGACAGUGUAGAAACUGUUCAGCGUGUUUCCACGUCAAUUGUCUGCCGAUGGCCUUGUACAGGCCGUGCCAAAGAAAUUCGGACAUGUACCAGAACAUACCGAGCACUUUCAGAACGGAAAAGUCAAUUAACGAAUGGACAACGGAAAAUGUGCUGGAAUGGAUGACCGCUGUUAAUAUGUAUGACCACGUGGAGGUAUUCAAAACGAAAGCUAUAAAAGGCUGUGAUUUACCGAAUUUGGAUCGUGAUAAGCUUGAACAAAUGGGUAUUAAGAAUGAUUUCCAUCAGCAUACUAUCCUGACGACGAUCAGACAACUUCUGACGAGUGCGGACAUGACGGCGGCGUCAGAGCUGCCGAUACUCCCUGCUGCGGCCCACACCGCGGUAAACCUGUCGGCUGCCGCCGGGCCCGAUCAGCAGUACAACGGGCAUAAGCUGAUGAAUGGUUCAUUUUCGAAACAGCAAAAAUGUGAUAUGUGCAAGAACUACCUGCUGGGGCUGGUCCACCAGGGACUGUUCUGCACCCAGUGCCGUUUGGUCGUGCACCGGCAGUGCUCGGUGAUGGGCCUAAGGCCAUGCACUGCUUCCGACCGUAGUGGCACACAGCAGCACCAGCACCAGCAGCAGCAGUCGCAACAGUUGACAUCCGCGUCGACCGGGGGCUACGUACUCGGCGGAGCGUACCGGCAGGAACACCAGCACAUAUUUGGCAAAAGUCUCUGUCUGCUGUUUGACGUACAGCAGCAGGCGGCACCGCAAAUUGUGGCCGACCUUUGCACGAGCCUGGAAAAGAAGGCGAUGAUGGACAAGACGCUCGAUCUGUACGUGGUGUACCGCACCACGCCGGUGCGGUACGACGAGGUGAACAAGCUGCGGGACGCACUGAACGAGAAUCUGCUCAACAUCGAUCUGAACGGCUACACGCCCGAGUGUGUGGCGACGGUGCUGAAGAAGUUUUUCCACGAGCUGCCCGAUCCGCUCAUACCGGUUUCGCUGUACCAGUCGUUUAUCGAUGCUUCGAUGCUCGAUGACACGCAGGCGGUCGAGCGGAUGAAGGCGAUCAUACAGGACAUGGCACCACAUCACAACAAAACGUUGCACUACUUCAUGCGGCAUCUGAUCCGUAUCUGCCGGUUGCAGUUUAUGCGCGGAAACAAGCAACAGCCGACGAUGCUGUUGCAAAACUGGUGCCAUAUAUUAAUGCGCCCGGCGUGGGAGAGGAUUGUGCUUUUCGUGAGCAACAUAAAGAACCAUUUGCGGGUAUUGGAGAUACUUAUGUACAAACUGGACUGGAACGAAGCGCUGCCCGAGUUCCUUUCCAUACCGGCCGUUCCACCGCGAAAGACGUCCCGCACAAGCGGCCCCGGCAGCGGCCUGACCGGGCCCGGGAUGGCGAAAAAAUCCAUCAUAGCAUCACCGGAGGGCGGAUCGAUAAACGAAAUCGAUUUUGGCCGACCCGCCGCGCAACAGCCAACCGGAACAACGAGCGCUUCGACGGGAGCGGGCGGAGCGGGGAUGCUGUUGGCCGGUAGUGCACCGCUGGUCACCGAUCCGGACACACCGCAGGAGCUGCGCGAUGCCGAAUGGUACUGGGGCAAGAUAUCGCGCGAUGUGGCGAAGGAAAAGAUGAUGGAUGCGCAGGAUGGGUCGUUCCUGGUGCGGGACGCGAUCAACGAUGCGGGCGAGUAUACGCUCGUGCUGAAGAAGGACGGUACGGAUCGGCCGAUCAAGAUUUACCACAAAAACGGCAAGUACGGGUUCACGCAGGACUGCACGUUCGAGAGCUUGGUCGGCAUGAUCAACGAGUUCCGGACUACCACGCUCAAGGAGUACAACACGAUCCUGGACAUUAGUUUGCUGUACCCGGUUUCGCGGUUCGAGGACGAAAGCCUUUACCCUACCGCAAGCGACAUCCACCAGCUGGCGCAAAACUUUUACGAAACGGUACAGAAGCUAACCGAUCUGCAGAACAUGCGCGAAUCGACGCUCGAAGCGUUCAACCAAACGCAGUCGCACGUCGAGCUGCGGAAGCAGGCGCAGGAAGCGUUCAUCGAGGCGGACAAGCUGUUUAACGAUCAGCUGCAAACGCAGGCACGGUACGAAACGGAGGCACAGCCGCACGAAAAGCGCAGCCUGGCCCAGAACCGGUCGCUGAUCGAGAGCCGGCUGGAAGAGUUGCGCAAGUGCAAAAAGAAUCUGGACGAGGAUAUGGAGCGGGAACGGGAGCGGAUGAGGGAGCUGCAGCGGGAAGCGAUGAAGCUGAAGCCGGAAAUUUUGAACCUUAGCAAGCAGAAGGACCAGUAUCUGGAGGCGCUCAAGCGCCAAGCGAUCACGGACGCCCAGAUCAAGCAGAUCCUGAAGGAUGGGUACCUGUCGGCGACGAACCCGGACUCGACGCAGGACUUACCGCACCUGGACGAAACGACCUGGCUGCGGGAGCGGUACACGCGCCAGGAUGCGGAGAAAAAGCUGGCCAACAGGCCGACCGGUACGUUCCUGAUACGGGCGCGCAAUGCCGGCCACUACGCGCUGUCGAUCGCGUGCGACGGCCGGGUGAACCAUUGCAUCAUCCACCAGACGGAGCGUGGGUACGGGUUUGCGGAACCGUACUUUAUCUACGAUUCGCUCAAAUCGCUCGUGGUGCAUUACGCGACCAACUCGCUCGAGGAGCACAACGAUCUGCUGCAGACGACGCUCAAGUAUCCGGCGUUCGCACCGAACCUACCGACGACGAGUGGCAGUGGGGGAGGAAGCGGUGGCAGCAGCAGUGGUGGUGGUGGUGGUGGUGGAAGUGGACAAACGGGGGGUUCCUCCUCGGCGUCUUCUUCGUCCUCCUCCCGGCAGCAAACGCAGGGACAGGCAUGGCCUGGGAUGACUUCGUUUGCCGCCUAAGAUGAGAUCAUGAGAGGUUGCUGUUGGCUAGGAUUGUUUUCGUUUACUCGGGUACUACUACUAUUCAGUUAUUAAACCUCACACCCCCCCCCCCACACACAUAAGUAGGUAAGGCAAAUGCAAUAAGAAGAAGAAGGUUCGGGAACACACCACCACGAGAGAGAGAGGAGAAAGCAGAAGGAACGUUUUAGUCAGGUAAACUGUUUUAUGCUUCAUUUUUAAAUUGUUUUUUCUUUUUCUUUUUCGCUGUUUCGAUUUAUAUAUGUACGUCUGUGUGCAUGUAUGUAUGUGUGAUCGAAGGGCAAGAAGCAAGAAGAAGAAGAAGAAGAAGCACGGGCGACACGAUUGUUGCUGUGUGUGCAAAUAUUGAUUUUUGCGCGCUCUUUGCUGAUAGCUUUUAUAAUUAUUUUCGUUUUAUUAUUUUGUCACAAAUUCGCAAAUAUUACCCACACACACGCGCGUGCGCUCUGUUCUUCGGGGUGUUUUUUUUGUUGUUGUUACGAAUGUGGCAGUUAAAUUUGAGAUUAACGAGUAAUUCAUUUUAAACUAUUAAUAAUUAGCAGGGCCGCCCCCCAUCAGUCGGGUAAAGCAAAACCCCCCUGUGGUUGCGAAAUUAAGGUGCAAAAUCGAUACUUAAACUGUGUGUUUAGGUGAUCAUUGUAAUUUUUUAUUUGCAUUAGCUGCGAUCGAAAGCUCUCAAUCGCAAUGAACUUUCCACUGUAAGAUCCUAGUGAAGGAUCCGCUUUACCUUAGCGUUUUGGAGGAUUUUUGGACGAUUCCUAAACUCGUCCUGUUCGAUCCGCGUUUGAAAAUGUACUAUACUGUACUCUACAAUCUAUAACUAGAGAGAUUGUUGCUUUUACGGGGGGAUGAUGCGUUCGGUUGGUAUUGCUUGAUUUCAAGGAUCAUCGAAUAGGAGGAUCGCGAUUAAAAAGGAAGCCUUCAGAAGGGAGGGCGGAUGGUUUACGUUUAGAACUAUAUUUUAGCAGUUUCCUCCGUUCGCACACGGGAAGUGUUGGAAUAAAGCGCGUUGGUUUGUUGGUCUUUUACGUGAAUCGUGAAUAGUAGUUAUAAACUCCAUGAGUUAGUUGAGCGUUAAACGGCGGCAGGAACGAUGGUGGGUGGUUGGUAGUGGUGGCAGAACAAAGAGCAGCAAGGACAGCAAGGAAACUAGGAAAACCACCACACACACACACACAUAUAGAAACGGGUGAUAAAAAGACGGCGAUAGAACGAAGAAAGCUCAGUGUGUUGAUGAUGAUUAUGCUGGCGGAGAAAGAUAGAUCGCAGGAUCACGCGAUGGGAGAGAAAAGCGUUGGGGUGAUAAAACGAGCCAGCGGCGUAUGUAAGAAGAAAAAUACGAUCCGAUGGUGUGCAGAUUACGCGCGCGUGGCUCGUACGUUUUGUAAUAGGUGGUACCGAUUAAGCUCAUUUAUAUUAUCCUUAUUUUUAGUAACCGAUCAAUCUCGCUCUAGCCACGCGACGCGGGAUAAGGUCAUCACGCGGACAGCAGGAAGCGGUACAAAGUUUUUAUGUUUUCCUUGGGGGCAUUUUGGAUCGUUGUUCAAAAGUUUUAGCAAAAGGAAAGCACACAAACCCAACCACACACACACACGUGACAAGAGAAUGUGCGAAUGGUGGUGUUAAGGUUUUGUUUCUGUUUCUGCGAUAACACACACACAUACCCACCAGCAACCAACCAGCAAGACAGAUCUGGAUGGAAACAUGUAUGUGUACCGAUGACGAGGGGAAGGGGGGUGGGGGGUGCGGGGUACAACAAAAAACGCGGCCAAAUAAUUUACGACGGCUGCUCACCGGACCGGAGAACCGAGUCUCUGGCAAAACAACAUUAAAAAUCUGUGGAAUAUUUGUAAUGAAGUGUAGGUGAAUGGGUAUGAGUGUGUGUGUGUGUGUGUGUGCGCGAGUGUGAAGAAAGAAUGGUCGUGGAAUAAUAUUUUAGAGGUUUUGUCUCUGAAUGUUUAGGAAUCAAAAAUACAAAUAUUGCGUAACUGUGUUAAACUAUCGUAUAAGCGUUCAUUACAGAUAGAUAUAUAUACAUAGAUAUAUAUUAUAUAUAUAUACACACACUCACACACACACACACAAACAAUCCUGGCCGUUCUUUCUGAAGAAACAAACAAACAAAUGAAUAUACACAAAUAUACGUGUGCCCACGCUCUGCUGUACAUGCUGCAUGUGUAUGUGUAUAUAGAUAGAUAUAUACAUAUAACGAGGUCGUCGUGCGGGGGGGGAGGAUUGGAGUUUACAGUGGAGGAGCGACCAAGAAGAGCGAGGAAGGAAAGCAUUUUGUGCAAAACCCGUUACAAUGAUGAGACAGACCAAUAACAAAACAAUACAAAGCAAAAAACGAUCGAACUCUAAUUGUGUGUGUGUGCGACACUAGGAUCAUCCGACGUAAGGGCAAUAUUGCUUACCAGUAUAGGGCGGAAGUGGUACGAAAAAUCAAAAAUCAAAUAUUGUGUGUAAUGCCCCCGGUUUUGGUUUUUCUUGCUGAAAGAGAUAGAAGAACACACAAAUUAGCACAUAAAAGUAGCACGAGGAAAAAAGUAUAUGAAAAUGAAACUUUUAGUUGUGAUUGCUAAAAAAAAAGGAAGGGCGCAUUAUGAAUGCGAUCGAUCGAUAACACCAAACGCCAGAACCAGAAUACACACACACACACGAUCGACCAAGAAAAUUUGUUCCCUUUUUCCCUUUGCCUGAUGAUUGUGCGAUAGUUAAAAGCUCCAUUUGGGAAGUACCCAAAAAACCACGUAAACGCUAUCCAUUACAAACAUUGUUGUGCGGGGCAUGCGUGUGUAUGUUGAGUAGUAGAGGUUGGUACAAAAACAAAUUGGGAAUUAAAUUAGAUAAUGCAUAUAAACAAACGGAAGCACUCACACACAGACAGACAUAACAAAUUAAUCCUAAAACUGGAGUAGAACAGCAGUGUGCGCAAAUUCAGCAUAACAAAACGCAGAGCAGACGAGAGGAAAAUCCCUUGCAUUAAAAGAUAAAGUUGAUAGAUUCACUCACUCUUAACAUUAUCACACAUCGCUUGGAAAAGUAGUGCAAAACAAUACUGCAAGCAAAACACACACACACACAGUCAUCCAUUUUUGUUCGUCCUGACGAGAGACGGCUACGUGUCACACAGCUUGUUGCAAAAAGGUACAAACAAAAAACCACCCCGUGAAAAUGUAAUCUAAACAGAAUAGAAAAGUGUCGUUGUCGAUCGCUUCGAUCGCUUCGAUCGGUCAAAAUGAGAUCACACACAUACCCACACACAGAAUUCGUACAGUGAAACAGUCGGUCUUCUCAUAUAAUAACUAUAGGUACGAGAUAUAAAAUUGUGGUGCAUGUUCGUCUAGUCGUUAGAAUUUGGAAAACACACGCGCACACACACCUUCCAUCAUCAAUCGAGCGCACACAUACACACAGCUUCUCACCACCUCCAUACAAUACGCCACGUGUUAGCCUACAGUAAAAUACGCAAGGAAACAAUUACAAUCAAAUGUAGUGAAGCGCUUAAAUUCUCCUUUCCCUGCGCGCGUGUGUGUGUGUGUGUUUUUUGCCCCUCCGGUAGGCUUGCUAUCCGCGAGAGAGCUCCGUUUUGUAAGCGAACACUGCUUAUAUAUCGUACAAACAUUACACAUAAAAUACACAAACCCCUUUAUGUGGUAGUUAGCAGUUAGCAAGUGAAGAUUAACGCCCCAGUGUUGUUAAUGUAGCCUCCCCUUCACACAUACACAGGAACAAGUCAAACCAACACCCCAUAGAAGAGACCACUACAGAGAGAGAGAGCAGGAAAAUGUUUUUAACGUUCACAAAAGGGCAGCAGUGCAAAAAGGCGUGUGCAAAGCAACGGCACACUAAGGCAAAUGAAGGAAAAGUUUUGGCAAAAGAAAAGGGAAAAACAAACCUACAAAACAAAAAAACAACACCCUAUGAGGCGAGUGCGUAAGGCAAGAGAAAAGCUCUGGUAACUAAUAGUAACGAAAUCCAAUCGGUCAAUGUGAAAGCGUAGCAUGUGAAACAUGUACAAAUUUACUAUUAAAAAUACUAAUAUUAACAACAGCAACAAAUAAUAAUAAUAAUAACGAUAACGAAGUAAUAAUUAUAAAAAUAAUAAUUACAAGUAAACGUAUAGCUAUAUAUAUAUACAGCAGUAAUGGAUAAAGAAAGAAAAAACAAAAACAAUAACAAGCAGAAGAAACAAAAGCGAAACGUGGUGAUCUUAGGGCAGUAGUAGUAGUAGUAGUAGUCGUAGUGGUAGUUGUGGGCACAGAGAUACAAAACAAACACGCGCAUCUGUGAUGUGAAACGCGAAAACGAAAACUAACCUAGAAAAGGAAGAAUAUGGAAAUUCUAUCCCCCAGUGCGCGCGUGUGUGUGUGUGUGACUACAAAACACCUCUCUCAGUGAUUAGUGAACCAGGAUACGAACCGUGUGUUGAGGUACGCACCAAACCAAAGGCUAUAGGGGGAAGGAAUGUGUGGAAACUAAAACGAAGGCACAACAGUUAGAAGCGUGUGUAAGGGGGAAGGUGAAAAGAUCCAACUCCACACUGAAAAAUCACUCAAAAACACACACACACACACAAAUACAAAGGAAAUUACUAAGCAACACAGGGGAGUAAAUAGUAGGGGACAACAGACACACACACUCGAAGUGAAAAAGGAUGCGCGUUGUAUCUCGUAUAUGUAUGCGUCCAAGAUGUGUGUUUUAGUGUUUGUAGUAGUAGUGGUAGUGGUGUAGUAACGGGAGGAGAAUUUGCAUAUAUCGGAUUUUUUGUUAGUGGAUAAUCUAUUUUAUAGCCCUGUGCGACGAGUGAGUGUGUGUGCGCGCGACCAUGAUGAAACGGUGUGAGUGAGAGAUUGCUGGAUGGGGGGAUAAGAAAACUAACCGUUUUACCGUAGUUUAUCCCAGGAUUUAUUGUUUGUCAAAUACCUCUUUAAAAAAUGCGCAUUUGUUGUUGGUUCUCAGUUUCGUACGUAAGUGUUUUUGUGCCGGCUCCGUACAUUGUGUUUUGGCCGUUAGACGGCGUUGUGCGAAUGGCUUAUGGUGUAAGAAGCUAAAAAACACACACACAUACAAGAAAAACAAACAAAACACACAUUAAUUCGUAAUCUAAGUUGUAUUAGUGAUAAGCUAUUUUUUUCCGGUGUGAUCAAGAACGUGGAGGAUGCGAUGUUAUGAUGAUGGUGUGCGGGAACAGUACAAGAUAAUUGGGCAGGACAUUUAUGGAGAGAAAAACAAAACAAACAAACCCUUCUAGUGUAAACCAACGUAUAAUAGUUAGCGCUAGGCAUAUGUACGCCAAGAAUUAUGUUACGGGAAAGGAAGGAUUGCGAGAGAGAAAGAGAGAGAAAACAGCAAAAAAAAACGGAAAUGCAUAAUUUUUACACAUACAUCUACACAAAUACAAACGAGAAACACACACACAACACACACACACGCAUGUGCAAACAAGGAAAAGCUAGAGUUGAUAAUAUGAUUUGAACAACGGUUGAUUGGUAGGGACAAGCGAAAGCAGGGCGACUCUAUUCCAAGGCUUACUCGAGCGGUAUUACACUGUGUGUUUAUUGGGUUAGUAGCCGCGCGUGGCCUACGUCGAUGAUGAUCGCGCACAUCGCACCAUAAGAUUAGUUGUCGUGUCUUGUGUGUGUGUGUAAGACGCUUUUUUUUUAAAUAAGUGUUUCCUCUCUUUCCUGGCUUAAUAUUUGCGCCACAGAAACACGUCGGAGGGUGAACUGUUUGCCAUUUACUAAUCAUCCUCACACACGGAAGUCAUUCGAUGUUGCUGACUCGACUUCCACACUUUUUGUGAUUUAAUGACAUUAAAGUACACACACACACAUACAAACAAACAAAUUGCAAUUGAUUGUGAUGCACACGAAUGCGAUGAAGGGGGGAGGGAAGUGGAAAUUCUAACUGGUAGUGCGGGUUUUCAAGGGGGGUGGGGGGGGGGGGGGGUUAAAGAGACCAACAACGAGAGUUUGGUGGAGGAGCAAAGCCGAUCAAGCAGAGAUCGAAAUCAAAACUCUUAACAAUCACUGAUACUCACACGUGUGCACCAGCCAACACAAAACAAAACCACAGCAAACAUAUUGUCGAAAGUGGAUCUGUCGAAUUUAAACCCUUUAAAAGCCUAAUCUAACUCUAAAUGCACCAGUAUAAGUACUCUUCUCUUCCCCACACUGCAUUGUUGAAGUUUGGGACAAUGGAGGAGCUUAGAAAGCUUCACUUUUGAAGGGUAACGGUGGGAAAACCUCUUGCCCGCGGUGCGGUGUGUUAUUGUGUUUCCUUGGUAACUGGAACAUGCAGGAAAAAUUGACAGUUUGGCAGUAGUAGUAAGUGUCAUGGCUUACUCCGGUACGAGGAAAUGUGCUCUCAACAUUUGAAGUUCCGGUUUAGGAAAGAGAAAGAGAGAGAGGAAAGAGCAGCUAUUAAAUAUCCCUUUUGUUUUCUGAAUUUCGUUGAUAAAAACGAUGAACAUUUUCAAUUCCUAUAGUUCUCCCUUUUUUCUUGGUUCUUCAGGCACAGUCACAUGUUGUGAUGAGCGUGGGCGCUAGUACGGCUAUCGAAUCGAUUGUUGUGAUACUGGAUGAGAUGGAAGAGGAAGAAGAAGAAGAAGCUAGAAACACAAUUUUCAAACAUACAACAAACAAAGAAAAAUCGAAAGGAACGAUAAGGAGACCACUGAUAGAGAGUGAACAUAAUAAGUAAUCAAAAAGAAGAGGGGAAAAAACGUAACGUAAACCAAUUCCUUCCGGAUGCGCCAAAUUGAGACCGCACAAAAUGCGGGAAAAAGAAAAACACUAAACUCUCCUCCCCACACACACACACACACAUUGGAGGAAAAAAAGUUAAAAGAAAAACACAGCUAAGGAUCAUACAAACACUACCACCGGCGUGAGAGGUGGUAAACACACAAAAUAGAAAGUGUGACAAACAAACGAGAAACAUGCAAAAAACACAAACACACAAACAAUAGUUAAAUUACAAGUUGGAAGUUGACAAAUAUGUGGAUAGUGUAGUGUAGUGAAACAAAAAGAAAAAGAAAACAAAGCGAAGAGGAGAAAAAUGCAUAAAAUUCGUAAAUAUAUGAUAUACUCAAAACCCGCGGCGACACACACACACACACAUUAACGGGCACAUAACACACGAUAAGCAAAAAAAAAGGAAGCAAAGGUGAAAACGAUAGGAACGAAAAAUGAAGAGUUGUGAAUUACGAACCGCGCGCGCAACACACACGUGCGAUUUUCGCGGUGGUGUCUGGUGAAAUGGUUUGUUUGUUUUUUAGAAAAGGCAAAAGCAGAAUUUGUUGAGUGGGAAAAGGGGGGAAAAUUUGAACGAUAAGAAUUACAACAAAACAACGCUACUACACACAGCGAGAAAGGAAGGCCGAGCUACGCGGUGGAAGGCUUUUUGUCGAUAUAUAUACCUAGGGAGGAAGGAUGUGGGGAUGAUCCACUUCCGCCUCCUCCACGUUGAAAGAAUGUAAAAUACAAGAUGGGAAACCGCGGGCUGCAAUGCAAACACCCACAUGUGGUGUGUGGAUGUGGGGAAAAACCCCGUGAGCGCGGCAGGAAAACAAAAGAAGAUGAUGCAGAGAGAGGUAAAACAACAAAUUAAACAACAAAUUAAAGAUUAAUGUGAUUGUACUGUACAUACAUUUGUAUUAUAUAAAGCGAAUAAGAAACUGUGGAAAUAAGAAAAUCCAGCAAAAUUAAUACGA